AUGGGACGCGUGCUUUCUACAGAAAAAGAGGAUACAACAAGUUCAGGAACUGAAUAUCGUGAAUGUUAUUUAUCACCACGUCGAGAAGAUUAUGGUCCUCGUGCAGUUAUACCUAAAGUUCCUGUAAAAAGAUCAUUAUCAAAUCGUUCGGCUCUUUCCUAUGAUCUCGAACAAAAUCCACUAUCAGAAGCAACUGAAUAUCGUCUUUGCUAUGAAAACUAUCGUCCAAAACGUCCGUAUGUCGUUCAUGAAGGACGAAGUCAUGUUUUCGAUUAUGUUCCAAAACCACUUAGUAUGAAACCUAUGUCGAAAUUACCAGUUAAUCCAACGAAUUUAAAUGAUACUGAAUAUCGUGAACGAUUUCCAAAUUAUCGUUCAUUUCUUCCAACACAAGAACUUCUUCCAGCACAUAUUUCCGCUAAACCAGAUGUGCAAUCGGAAACUCAAAAGAAACGAGAUCAAAUGAAUCGUAGUCAAUAUUUUCAACAACUUAUUGAUGAUCAUGAUAGAUUACAUGGUGGACAUCGAUAUAGAAGUACAAGUGAACAACGUACUGCUUUCCAAUGGCCACCUCAUAUCUCUCAAUCUAAACAAACACCACGACAACAACAACAAGAAAUACCAAUGCCAAUAUCUCAACCAUAUUCUACACCUCGAAAUAUUUACGAACCUCUACCACCUAUACAACGAACAAAAGUCAAUAGUUGA